AUACCAUGUGGACAUCCAUUACCCCUGAAAUCUAUGAAUUCUGGAACUUUAUUGUUCCCAAAGUAGCUCAACAGAAGAACCUUGAAGGUUAUGUGGGCUUUGCCAAUCUGCCAAACCAAGUAUACAGAAAAUCUGUCAAGAGGGGGUUUGAGUUCACACUUAUGGUUGUAGGUGAAUCUGGUUUGGGAAAGUCAACACUCAUCAAUUCACUUUUCUUAACGGAUUUAUAUGCCCCAGAUUACCCCGGUCCAUCGCAUAGAAUAAAAAAAACUGUUCAGGUUGAGCAGUCAAAAGUUUUAAUCAAAGAAGGUGGAGUUCAGCUUCUCCUCACAAUAGUAGACACACCUGGAUUUGGUGAUGCAGUGGAUAAUAGUAACUGUUGGCAGCCGGUUAUUGACUACAUUGACAGCAAGUUUGAAGACUACCUUAAUGCAGAAUCACGGGUCAACAGACGUCAGAUGCCAGACAACCGUGUGCAAUGCUGUUUAUACUUCAUUGCUCCUUCCGGCCAUGGGUUGAAGCCAUUGGACAUUGAAUUUAUGAAGCGUCUCCAUGAAAAAGUCAAUAUCAUUCCACUUAUUGCUAAAGCUGAUACCCUCACACCAGAAGAAUGCCAGCAGUUCAAAAAACAAAUAAUGAAGGAAAUCCAGGAACACAAAAUUAAGAUCUAUGAAUUUCCUGAAACAGAUGAUGAAGAAGAAAAUAAGCUGGUGAAAAAAAUUAAGGACCGUUUACCACUUGCGGUGGUGGGUAGCAACACUAUCAUAGAAGUGAAUGGCAAGAGAGUAAGAGGAAGGCAGUAUCCAUGGGGAGUUGCAGAAGUUGAAAACAGCGAACACUGUGAUUUCACUAUACUGCGGAACAUGUUGAUAAGAACACACAUGCAAGAUCUGAAGGAUGUCACCAAUAAUGUACAUUAUGAGAACUACAGAAGCAGAAAAUUAGCAGCUGUGACUUACAAUGGUGUGGAUAACAACAAAAACAAAGGACAGCUAACAAAACUUGAAACAGUUGAAGGCAUGAGCCCUCUAGCUCAGAUGGAAGAAGAAAGAAGGGAACAUGUGGCAAAGAUGAAGAAAAUGGAGAUGGAAAUGGAACAGGUCUUUGAGAUGAAGGUUAAGGAAAAAGUUCAGAAGCUCAAGGAUUCUGAAGCAGAACUCCAGCGACGUCACGAACAGAUGAAAAAGAAUCUUGAGGCUCAGCACAAAGAGUUGGAAGAGAAGAGGCGUCAGUUUGAGGAGGAGAAGCAGAACUGGGAAACUCAGCAACGCCUACUGGAACAGCAGAAUUCUUCUAGAACCCUGGAGAAAAAUAAGAAGAAAGGGAAGAUCUUUUAAGACAUUUGUUGACCACCAUACUCUCUAUCAGUUGCCAACUUGCCAGCACAGACAUCAGUGUUUAUCAAAGCCAUUCUGCCACCUUUGAAACCAGUUGCAUCCAUUAAUGUUGGAUUAAACGGCAUGACCUUUUUUUU